AUGAUAAGACGGGUCAUCGACGAGGAGGAAUACGGCGAGGAAGACGAUGUGCCGCUUCAGCAUCGGCGGCCCUUUGGCGCAGGCAUCCAGCGCAAGCCGAUCCAGUUCGUGAAGGCAUCUGACCCGAACCUAAGCACGGCCGAACCAGUCAAGACCACCAAGUCCGGUUCUUCUGUGGGGGACUUCUACCUCAGUCUCGUUCUCCCGAGCGAGAAGGCGAGACCGGGGGUUGAGACGCCAGCGGCACAAAUAUGCGCCGUGUGUGACUUGCCACUUGGUAAAGACGAUGCCGUGGGAGAACUCAGUAACGGCGGCAGCAACAGCGGUGAAAAGACGACAGCGAAGAGACCAAAGCACGAGGCUUCGAUUGCUCACCAGGUCUGUCUCACACACUCACAUCCGCCAUCGGCGCUGGACAGGUCACGCAUGGGCUUGACCUACUUGUCGUCGCACGGCUGGGACCCGGAUUCGCGGAAGGGCCUCGGCGCCGCGGGCCAGGGUAUGCAGUUUCCUCUCAAGACGCAGCCGAAGGAGGACAAGUAUGGUCUCGGCCUGGCUAUUCCCAAGGACCUCAAGAGCAAAGUCGAGAAGAAGAAGAAGCAGACUCCUCAAACGCUGGACGCGAAGAAAUGCCGUAAGAAAGCCGACGAGGACAAAAGGAAGGCAGAGAGGUUGCGGCAGAUGUUCUACGGCAGCGAGGAUAUGGACAGAUACCUUGGUUCCGGUUUGUAA